GGCAGGAAAGGGUUGACCGUGUGUGGUCUGUGGAUUGUUUAUGAUCGUUGGUAGUGCACCGCGUGGUGCAGGUUGCGGCGGUGGUCGACGGCCAACAGGCGGCGGUCGGCGGUCGCGGUUGCCGGUAGGUGGUUGGCGGGAGGCUGACGGAACUGGUCUGGCGCAAGCGCGCGGCAAGUUACUCGCCAUCGCCACUCAGUGCAAGCGCUGCCCAGCUGCCGCGCGCCGCUACCCUGCGCCUCCGUGCGCCCACUAUCACGCUCCGACGCGAAACAAACUUUUCCGAAAAGUUUCGGCGAGUUCUCGAACCGCGAGUUCAAUUUUCUUUCUACGCGAUAUUUAUUCUAGUGUUUCUACAAAACUGUUAAUAAGCGAUUUUUAUUAGUGCACAUCCGAGUGAUUAAUUCAAUUUUUACGGCACGGAGGGACGCAAAAUUUGUACUGUACGGUGUUGCGCACGAGUGGCGUGGCGCGAGGGUGUGAUGCGAGGGAGGCGGGGCGGCGGGCGCCGGCGCCGCGAGUAGUCGCGACCAUGCGGGUGCCGCCUCGCACCGCACGCGCCGCCGUUUGCCUGCUCGUGCUCGCCGCCGCGCUCGCCCACCACGCCGCUGUUGCGUCCACCGGCGUCAUCAAGGGCCAGCGCGCUCCGUGUUCCAACGAAGGUGAGCCUGUGCGUUUACAAGACGCCAGGCUAGUAGAACAAGACUUUAGCAGCUGCUUCCGUUGCAUUUGCAAGAACGGUUUCGUGGAGUGCCGCAACGGUGUCGAAGAGUGUGGUUUGAUGGAAGAUUGCGCCGUCAUUAUGCCGCGGGAAGGGUGCUGCACCAAAUGUAAGGGGUGCUGGUACAAUGGCACCGAACAUGCUUCCCACACGGAGUGGGGCGAAGAGGGCCGGGUGCUUCGCUGCGAAGCUGGCGUGGUCACAAUAUCCCGCCCGGAGUGCUACGCGCCCUGCGACAGGCCGAAACACCAACGUCAUACUCACUACAAUUGCCCCGUCUGUGACGAAUGCGUAAUAAACGGCCAACGUGUAUGGGAGGGUCGCGACGUGCGGAUACCGGAGGAGCCGUGCUUGUCGUGCAGAUGCGUGCGCGGCGCCCUGUCGUGCGCGAAGCGAGCGUGCCCUGUGCUGCCGUGCCCGCACGCACACCAAUACACACCGCCUAGUGAAUGCUGUCCACGCUGUUCGCACCCCACAGCUGACAAAAUACUGCCUAUUUCAGGUACAAUGAUGGCGAAACCGUGUAUAAUUGGAAAGGAGUACCACGGCCACCUAAGCGCGUUCCGCGUCGACCCUUGUACGGAUUGUACGUGCAUGAACGGGACGGCAGUAUGCACCCGUCACACUUGCCCGGUGCUGACCUGCGGCGCCCGAGCUUUACCUCCGCAGCCUGGGAAAUGUUGCCCGGAGUGCCCUCAGGUGGAAGAGGCCAAAGCAGCCUGCAUUAUUGGAGGGAAUACCUACCAGGAUGGCGAAACGUGGCAGUUAGAUGCGUGCAAGUCUUGUGAAUGUCACGGAGGUGAACCUCGAUGUGCGAUGGAAAGGUGCCCAUCCAUAACGUGUCUUCCCGACCAGACACUGCGGCAGCUUCCUGGUCAAUGCUGCCCCAAAUGUGUCGAUAUCGAUGGCAUAUGCACAGUCUUCGGUGACCCACACUAUAAAACUUUCGAUGGAAAGUUCUAUAGUUUUCAGGGGUCCUGUAAAUACCAGUUGGUCUCAGACUGUGUCAACAACACUUUCUCGAUUCGAAUUUCAAACGAUGCCAGGAACACGCUGCACUCUUCUUGGACACGAACGGCGACCCUACGGAUCGGCUCUACUAAAAUCAACAUGGGAAAGAAGAUGCGCAUAAAAGUGAACGGCAAUCGAGUGACGAUGCCCCAUAAAGAAACCGGUGUAGCCGAAAUCAAGCGCAGCAACGGCUCCGUGCUUCUGAAAGCUCACAUAGGCGUGCAAAUGUUAUGGGACGGCGACGGUUUUCUGGAGGUGACUGUGUCAAGUGCUUACAAGGGAAAACUGUGCGGACUGUGUGGGAACUUUAAUUCGGUAGCGAGGGAUGACAUGAGAACUCGUGACGGCAAAUUGUUGAACGACACAUGGAGAUUCGGGACGUCGUGGCGGGUGGGCGGAAGGCGAGCGUGCACCCGACAGCAGGAGCGACCGGGUGCGGCGUCGAGGUGUCGGCAGUCGAAGAUGGUGAAAGCGCGGCGUCUGUGUCGUGGCUUCCUGCGGUACGAGGCGUUCUCGGAGUGCAGUGGGAAAGUGAACCCUCGCAAUUACCGCGAGGCGUGUGAGUUGGACGCGUGCGGGUGUUCGGGGACGCGGUGCCAUUGUGCAGCGUACAGAGCGUAUGCGAGGGAGUGUAGUAGACUCGGGGCGGAACCGGAGGGGUGGGCGAAGGCGGCAUGGUGCGAGGGCCAGCCGCCACCGUGGCUGAGCCGCCGCCGCAAGAGCUUCGGCCGCAUCGACAAGCCGAAGGAACCCGAUUUGCUGGAGUUCAGCACGAUCCCCAAGCUGAACACGACGCGACCCCGGCCCCCGCCCCCGAUACUGCACUGAUCUGUGCGGGCACACAUUACUAGUCAAAUCUGCCGACGGGCAAGUGUGAGAGUAUUACAAGGAUGCAUUGCUGUGUUUCUUGGCAAGUUGCAUCCCGAUCGAGACAAGUUUUCAUGGAAUGAAGAUCUAUAAUCUAUUUAACAGUAUUCAUAAAAUUUACUUACUAUAAGUUAGGAAAAAAAUACAUAAUAUUAAUAGGCCCACAUUCAUGUUGCCUCGCGAAAUCCAACCAGCGAUGUUAAGCUAAAAAUGUAACUAUAUUACUUACUAAUCUUUCCAAUUAAAUACUUUUAAUUUAUUUAGAUAUGGUAUCCAAAGAAAAGAGUCAUUCCUACUUGAAAAAGAAGAAAAAGUAUUUUACAUAUUUUAUGAUAAAUAAAUUGUAGCAAGGAUAAAUGUAAUGUACCUAAUUCCCCUUAACCGUAGAAUAGGAGACUUGGACUGGUUACGCAGAUUACAAAAUUAUUAUUUUAAACAUUUAACAACAACUUGUUUAAAUCUAAAGAAAAUUUUGUUAGAAAAAGAUCCACUUGGCCCAGGUUUUUAGUUGGGAUUUGAUAUAAUUUAACGAAACCUUGAACGAGUAGUUUUUUUUCUGGUUCAGUAUUGUCAGUAAUUCGACGAACAGAUAUGAAACUAAACUCUGCGUAACUGAAAACUUACUAAUUCUUCGUUUAUUAUAUGUUGGGGUACUUAUAUGAAUAAUGUAUUUACUCAUUAAUUGUAUAUUCUAGAUAAAUGUACUCUAUACUGUGUACUGAGUUCUCUCUAUUUGCUGCUUGAUACGAGGGUUGGGAAAAUUAAUCUUCAAUUAAUUUGAAUUACUUAUUUAUCACCGUAUUUAUUAAAGGAAUAUAAGGGCCUUUCUAUAUUGCACCGCGGCAGGGUGUUUUCAAUCAAAGUACGCCAUAAUACUUAUACGCCUUCGCCUGAAUGAACUUUAUUCACCAAAUUAUUCAAGAUUAUUUACCUAUGAACUUUUUUAAUGUCUUUAUAAGGUAUCUUGCUAGUAUCAUUAUGUUGCAUUGAUUUUAUAUUAUGUAUAACUACGAUUAUUUACGGAGUUACGACAACUCAACGCAGCCCUCUGUUCAACGAUUCCGCUAAAAAAUAUUUGUAACUUAACUUCUAUACUGAACGUUUCUACUUAAUGUGAUAAUUAGCUUUGAAUAACUUUGACACGAGAAUGUUUGGUAAUACAUAGUUCAAAUCGAGAUCUCAUUCGUAGGUAGUUCAUUACGAAAUUUUAUGUAGUUAAAGCUAGCUAUCCGAAGCCAAGAAGCUAUAUAUUGUGUAGUAUAUGAGAAACGAUGAAUGUACAUAAUUAUUCCCUGAUGUAACACAAUUAUUGUUUAUAUUAAUUAGUUUAUACUGUUUUAAAUGAAGACUCGUAAUAUUUAAUUGUUAAAAUACGUUACCAAUGAUUUUUUAAACUUUUGACUUUGAUUAAUGUUUUCAUGUCUUAGCUGUAUUUAGUCGUAGGUAGACCAUGAAAUACUUAUGAUUUUUAUUGACUUCUUAUAAUAAUAUUAUAUAAAUAUUUAUUUUUACUUUAAUAAGUACACGUAUGAAUAAAUACUUCAAAACUAUAGAAAGCAAAUAGAUUAAACUAUCUCUACUAAAUCGCUUUGGUUUAAAAAGUGGUUCCUCAGUGCAGAAAUAAUGCGAUAGGUGCUACGAGAACAAGUGAUCGUAUAUCAAGUGUGAAGCACCGAAAAGAGCGAUUCAAAGUAUACAACAAGCCCUUCAGUACGAGUUUAUCUUUUUAUUAGGGGAUUAGAUCAGGCAACCGUGCGAGUGAUAUUUUUGGUAUCGCAAGCGUCUAUAUGCUAUGGUGGUCGUCUGGUCGUUUACCAUCAGGUACCAUACGCUUGUUUACCACUCUUUUAACAUAAAAAAAAACUAGUAAUCAUGGUCUCCCUAUGACAUGAACGUGCUGGCGGCUUGUCAUAAUUAUUUAUUAAAAAUUCGAUAUUGGCAAUUGUGUCGUCAAAUGUAGUUUAAAACUGCCCCUGUCCUAUUUUAUUAACGUGCCAUGAAGAAGUGGUAAUCUAGUGACAAAAGUGUGAUAGUGUUAACUGCUGUUACGUCAAACAGUGCCUGAUUUUAUAAUAUAAAUUAACUAUUAAUAAUCCUAUAGCCACUGUAAAAAUUCUACGAUCGAUUUAUGAACUGCGAAUCCGAUCCAGGGCCUCAGCUUGAGUUGUGUUUAAGAUAGGUCAGCGGUAAAUACUGGUAGGGGUAUGACGCGCUUCGCAGCCUUUCGCCCAGUUUCAGGAAGGGCAAUGGUAUUUUAAGGUAGGGCAUUGCCCCAUUAUGUCCCACCUUAGCUACGGCUCUGACCCGGCCGUUUAGGUUGGAAAUCGAUUGAAGAAUUUAGACAGUUUUUGUAUAGCCCGAAGAGCUGCUGUGUACUAAAUCACAUUCAAAGGGUACCAACGUAUUUGCGUAUAACUAAGGAGGUAUUAAAUAUUAAAUUGUAUGUAGUGAAACACGUAUUUAAGAUUUAUUGUAUCGCGAAGCUUUAAUAGUUAUCAUUGAAUCAUGUGUAUUCCGCUUUCUUCGUAAAAAUAUUGAACAUUAUAAUGUCUACACUUCCAUUUCAAUGACUUACAAUCAUUAUUUUUAAGUUUCUAUUCCUAUAUCUUUAACUUGGAUCAACUCACUUAGGUACUGUAUUAUUAUUUUAGUUACAUUAAGGCCUACGUUUUAUGCAGGCUUUCUUAAGUUAUUUUGAGAGUUAUGUUUGGAAUAUUGUGUAAGUGUUAUGAAUAAUGCUAUAAUUAUAACAAUGUUCAUGGAAAUUUUUAAUUACUAUCUUGAGGUAUGGUGCUUUGGUUUUAUUGCAUAAUUUAUCAUAAUGAGAAUUUAUUCUUAAGACAAAAAUUGUUUACGUAGAAAAUUUCUACUAUACAACCGCUUAAAUUUUCAAUUAUUUAAUUUACAACGACGGAGCCGUAGAGUAAGUGCCAUACCAAUUACUAUGUAAUAUACCUGCCCCACUCGUCCUAUAUUUUUUAGUUUUUAUAGAAAGAAUGAUAAUGUUGAAAAUUUGAAUUUAUUAAUUAUAAUAUAAAAUAUACCAUGACUUCGCUUCAUGUGCUUACUGUAAAAGCAUUGGUUCCAAGUCACUGAAUAUUGUAAUGAUGCAAGAAUGUUUUGCAAAACAAAGAAUUUACCUAAUAAAUGAAUAUAUUAUUCGCAAGUGUUUUAGUUUAAUUUUAGAUACAUGGUAUAUAUGAUUCAGAACAGAAUGCUAUCUCAAAUAGACCCAUUACUUUGUACUGGCCGUCGGCCAAAUUUCCUGAAUUUUAUGCCAUCAAAAUUAUCUAGGACAAUCUGGCGUCCGUUUUAAAAACAGGGGAUUCAUUAUAUUUAUCUUGAGGAGAGAUCUUAAGAAAUGAGAAUUAUCUCGCGGCCUAAAUGUUAUUUCGAGAUAUCUUAUUCCCUCAUUAUAAUGUAAAAAUAUAGUUGUUUCUUAUACUAAAAUACAUUUUAUACUGAAAAACAUUAAAACAGAAAUAGUAGAAUAAAAGAUUUAUUAAU